AUGGAUCCUUUGACCACUUUGCUUGCGGCGGCAGCGGCCACUGGGCCAAACACGCUCCAGAGUCAAGCUCUGACGGCUUUGAGGUCCGCGGGACCUCAAGAAAGCUUCUUCACGCGCAUGGGGAAUCCCCAUCCGCUACAUGUGCAGCAAUUGGCGCAGCCAACCACCCCGCAAUUCAACUCGAUCAUUGCCCAGCAAGCACCGGCACCGACCGCCGUCCAGCAGCAUUUCCCCAUGCCAAUCAUGCCAUUGGCAUCUCCACUGGCCGACCCAGCGCCCACCGCGCUUCACAUCCCAACGUUGCAGCCCAUCCACACAAUGCAGCAACAGACCAGUCCAGCAACCCGCCAUGAUGCCAAUGAUGCCGCAGACUCCGAUCACACAACCACAGGCAACUCCGCCAAGAGACCCAACGGAGUACACCCAGGCCAAUUUCCCGUCACUCACCCCGAGGCAGCUGGCCGUUUUGGCACAGCUGGAGAUGCAGGACCAGCAAGCACUGCGCAGCAGCGCGCACAAUAUCCUGCAUCCAGGCCUUCAGACAGUGGCAG